AUGAUUAAAAAGUCACUCAAGCAAAAUAGAUUAUAUUGUCAAGGUGCUCAUCAAUAUAUUUUCCAUGAUUAUUAUCUUCUCAAGAAAAAUUCCUCGUUCAAGAGACGAUACUCAGCAUUAAAAAAAUCAGAGUCACCCCUUCCCAAGCCGACGAAUUCAAACUGCAAGUGCUUAUCUUGUACUCUUCCCGAUUUUAAGAAUUCCUAUCGCUACAACAAGGAUGAACAAAACUUAUUUCUUCAAAUUUGCAAAACCAUCCUUACGAAUAUUCAACUUGGCAAAACAACUUUCAAACAUUCAUUCAACGGAGAGAAGAAGCAGUUGAUCCACAGGUCUCUCGAAAAUGCCAAUAUAGAACAGAUUAUCGAUAACGAAUUUCGAAAUCUUUUUGAUCUCAAGACCGUAAAUUCUCGAGAAUACAAGUAUACCUCUGAUGUCGAUGACGCGAAAACAUUGGAUGAAUUGGUUGUGGAUUGUAAAGAAAUCAAUCAACCGUUGCUCGAGAAUAUUCUUCGAAUCUCUCACAAGUGGUAUCACCCGUUCACAGGAUAUCUCAAGAGUCAACACAAACAACAGCGACAACGAUUCUCAAAAUUCGUCGACAUAAACCCCAUGGAGCAAAAACUGAAGCGCCAACUCAUCUUUGGUACUAAUAAAUUCAUCCCGGGAUUCAAAUACCUCUUUCAGAACGAAUGGUAUUUCGUCGAUAAUCAAUCACAAUUCGGACAAGGGGAUUUAAUAUUCGCUUCGGAUUUCGGUGUGUUGAUGGUGGUGGAGGUAAAGAACUUGAACACGGGACAUGGCAAACAAAAAAAAAUCUCUAGGAAGAUCAGUAGGAGGGCAGUUAAAAUGCAAGCAGAACGAUAUAAGCAAAUGGCGAUAGAGAAGUUCGAGAAUAUGAAUGUUAUAGUGAUUGGCGCAUAUUUUACUAAUGUCAUUGAUUGGGAGAAGAAUUUUGAAGAAUCCAGGAUAUUUUUCACUAACGAGAUCGAUGAAAUGAUUGCCGAAUCCGUGAAGAAUCUUGAUCGUAGUAUGACCUUACGCAGGAGAGCAGUUACUCUUUUGAAACUUUUUGGUUGCGUCUUGGUUCCCGG